AUGGCCGCCAUAGCGCCUCCCACGGGCUCAAGCCCAAUCUCGACUGCGGCAAUUGAUCCAUUUCUCUAUCCAGACAGUCACGGAAUCCUGACUCGAAAUUGGGGCGAAAUCCAGCAGAGGUUCAUCCUGUCGCUUUUUUUUUUUGAACAUCCUUCGCGGAUCUGUAACGUCUCGCACGUGUGGCUGCAGACACUCGAGACCGUACCAUCUAUUUCUGGUACUACCCAGUUAUGA